AUGACGCUACUCAAACUAUUUUUUGCCAUUUUCGUGUCGCUUCAUGUAGUGACGGGAAUCGAAUACACCGACAAAGGCAUUGCCAUUGUCGGUACGACUGAGCCUUUCCAUAUCGACGUCACCGCUGGCGCUUCUCGAGAAGAUAUAAUCUCGUACGAGUUUGCCUCGUACAUUGCCGUCCACUUUGCCGGAUUUAAUCUGCCGGAUGGAGAUUCCGUGGUGAUCAGCUCCGUUAACCUCAGCUCUACCAUCUCACACACCUACACCGGUCGAGGACGUGAUCAGAGUGGAACAUUCAUCGCCAGCUUCAUCCCGGGCAACUCCGUCACAGUUACUUACAAAUCCGUCGGGGUCGCUACUACAAGUCAAGGGUACCGCAUGACGGGAUUUUCCCGUGGAUACCCGACCAUGCGCCACGAAACGCUCUGUGGUGACGGAGACCAGUCCUUGCCUGCCAAAUGCUACGGCCCAGGCUCCUAUUUGUCCGACACACUGCCUCAAGCCUAUCAGAAGUCUCAAGCUAUCGCUCGUAUACUGAUCAAUGGCACUUAUCUGUGCACAGGUUGGCUUGGAGGUAGCGAAGGGCAUCUAUUCACGAAUCGACACUGCUUCGAGCAAGAAGACUGGGCGCUCUCUACAGACAUCGAGUUCGUUGCUGAGAGCUCGUCAUGCAGUGACCUGUGCGAGGAGCGACUUGGUUGUCCUGGAAAACUCGUGGCGACGACUUCGACAUAUAUCGCUGGCAGCACCGAUAUCGAUUAUGCGAUAGUACAACUACCGACCUGCGUUGAUCUCUCGCCGUACGGGUAUCUCCAGUUACGUGAGUCUGGACCGGUAGUGAACGAGUCGAUUUACGUGCCGCAGCACGCGGAUGGCUUUGCAAAGCGCAUUGUGAGCACUGUCGAUGGUGGAGACAGCUCAACGAUUCACAGUGUCGGUGAAGAUGGAGCAUGCGGAGCGAAACAGGUGGGGCACGACGCAGAUACGAAAGUAGGUUCAUCGGGGUCACCACUGAUCGCUUCUAGCGAUAACUUGGUGGUUGCGAUUCAUCACUGUGGUGGAUGCACGAACAGAGCGAUUAACGUGCGUACGAUGCUGACCGACUUGGCAGCGAAGAACAUUUCAAUCAAGAAUCUCGUGGCGAAAGAUGGUGUGGGCCAAAGUAGUCAGCCCUUGUACGCUCAGACACCGUGCACGACUCAAUUCUUGAGAGACGCCACUUGCACAGGACAGAAUUACACAAUGCUGUGUGGACACAUGACGAACCAGGGAUCCAGUCGCACGAGCUUGGCGACGACGCCUUCGUAUAGAACGAACACUGCAACAACCACAUCGAUAGCAACGGAUGCAAACACUACGAGCACCGCAGUCGUUGCCUCAAACGAAACGUCGUCUACGACGUCAGCAGCAACAAACCGCUCGCACACAUUAUCACUUCUAGCUACAGCAUCAAUAUCGCCUCCAACCGGCACGACGGUGUCGAACGUGUCGACGAAAGCAUCGUCAACGUCAACAACAACGUCUCAAAGCACGGCGACGGCUGCCUCAAUGGCGACAUCAACAAAAUCAACAGAAAUCACACACACUCCAUCCACAGCAACGAAGGCGUCUUCAGCCUCAGUGAGCACAAAAAAGUCGAGUAACUUUUCAGAUACAACGACGACGAGCUCUACGACAACCAUUUCAAAUGCCGCUGCGACCUCAACGACUGUCAAUGCAAAGGCAGAGACUGUAUCUUCAACACCACAGUAA